CAGUCCAAGUUGAAUACCUUCAGAAAAACCUUUAAAAAACAAUCGAAAAAUACUUCGAUCGCCGUCAAAAUGUCCAUAYGUAGAGAGGAAGUUCUAAUUUACGUUUGGGUGUAAUUUUUAUUUGGAUUUUUAAGCACAAGGGGAAGAUUUUUAUUGCUUGUUUAUGACGACAUGACGACUCGUUACAUGGGAAAUUCUAUCGAGGACUUCCAAGUUUUGGAGCUCCUCGGAAAAGGAGGCUUUGCUUGUGUCUACAAAGGUCAAUGCCUCACAACACAACAAGAAGUGGCCAUUAAAAUGAUUGACAAGAAAGCAAUGAGAUCACUUGGGAUGGUUAAACGAGUGUGCAAUGAAGUAGAGAUCCAUUCCCAGCUCAAACAUCCAUCAAUACUAGAGAUGUACACCUACUUUGAAGAUGACAACUAUGUUUACCUAGUGCUUGAAAUGUGCCAGAAUGGGGARGUCAACAGGUUCAUCAAGAAGAAUGGAGGGAAAAUGUCAGAAAGCCAAGCUCGUCACAUCAUGCAUCAGCUUGUCCAAGGAGUGCUAUACCUUCAUUCUUAUGGUAUUAUCCAUAGAGACCUUACUCUUGGUAAUCUACUUCUAAACAAGAACAUGGAUGUGAAAAUUGCAGACUUUGGACUUGCUGCAAGACUGGCUAUGCCUAGUGAGAAACAUUACACCAUGUGUGGAACACCAAAUUAUAUUUCACCUGAGAUUGCAACCAGGGAUCCGCAUGGACUGGAGUCAGACGUAUGGUCAAUGGGAUGUAUGCUUUAUACUCUUCUCGUAGGAUCUCCACCUUUUGACACAAAUGCAGUCAAGAGUACCCUGAACAAAGUUGUUCUAGCCAAGUAUGAUAUGCCUGGAUAUGUUUCACCUGAGGCCAAAGAUUUAAUCAGCAAAUUGCUCAAAAAGAACCCAAAUGAUCGACUGACACUGUCAGGUAUCUUGGAUCAUCCAUUCAUGACAGAAAAGACAUUACCAAACACUCUUUCUUCACCAUCAAGACAUCAUUAUUCAACCAAAUACUUUGAGCAGUCUGUAGACAGCGGUCAGGGUACCAUGGCAACAGUGUCGACAGGUAUUGGACGGUCGUCAUGGUCAAGUAAUGGACCAAUAAAUAAGCAAGAAUCAGCUCACCAUGGUUCUUACAACUCAUCUAAUUCUGUUGACCACUUGUCUAAUGGCUGGUCAAGGAAUUUAAGGCAACCACCUUCACCCCCAGUCAGACAAAGAGCAAGUUCAAGUCCCAGUUCUGAGAACAUCAACACCUCAGAUCGACAGCACCUACGUGGCACAGAAGUAGCAAAUUCCUCUAGCCAUAAGAACACAACAAAAUCGUCUGACCUCUGGUUAUCUAACUUAUCAACAUCACAUCUUCCCAAAAAGAGGUUUCAAGAGCCUUUAGUAGGAGCAGUCAAUGGAAAAACUAACAGCUUACAGAAUAAGUUUAGGUCAUAUGAUGCCAGCAAGUACAGCAGCUACUAUACCAAUUCCUGGACAGGGAAAGGUUCAGCCCAGGAAACAAGCAGUAGUGGGUUUUACAGUGCAAACACAAAACUACACCAAGAAGAAUCUCAAACAAUUGAUAAGAACAAUAAUACUGGGACAGCUCUUAGCACAAACACAUAUCACUGUGGAGACAGCUUAGGGAAUCAAAUAAGUCAACAUAAAAGACAUGGUAGUGACAGUGUCAGCAGGGAUGCAGAUUCUUCAGAAUUUCUCCCUCAAGAGAAAAAUAUCAGCCCUGUAAAACCUAGAAAUGCUGGACAAGAGAAAAGAGAACGAAGAUCUAGAGGAGAAUCAAAGGGAAAGUCUCUUGGUGAUGUGACCGAACCAUUGAAUGCAGAACGCUUGAGACCAAUCCGCCAGAAAACUAGAAAUGCAGUUGUUAGUAUCUUGGAAGACUGUGAAGUCUGUCUAGAGUUUAUUCAUCAAGAUCGUGGACAAGAUAUUGUGACAGAGGUGCUGAGGAUUUCGUCCAAUGGAAUGAAGAUUGUUGUGUAUCAUCCCAAUGGGAAGGAUGGCGAACCACUUCACUCUGAACCAUCCCCUGUACCAUCAUCACCAGAUGGUCAUUAUUUGUUUUCUAACUUGCCUUCUAAAUACUGGAAAAAAUACAAGUAUGCAGUGAAUUUUGUGCACUUGGUGCGCAAACUAACUCCAAGGGUGACAUUAUAUUCCAAAUAUGCCAAGUGUGUUUUGAUGGAGAAUUCUCCUCAUCCUGACUUUGAAGUCUGCUUCUACAAUGGAGCCAAAGUCCACCAGUCAACAAAGUGUACCAAGAUAAUUGAACCAGGUGGUGUCUCAUACACCUUGCAGUCUGUCGGAGGAAUGGAAGGAGUUCCUUUAGAAAUGAGGUCUUUUCUUCAUCAUGUACAAGAUGCCUAUGAAAAAUGUCUAAAGCUUGAGAAUACCAUUGCACAAGUUGAGCAAGAAAUUCACAGCCAACAGUUUUUUCCAUUGAUUGUUGGUCGCAGACCAUCUAGAAAACAGUCAAGUGAUAAAGAACCAACACAGCCUAAGCCUCCUGCCGUAUCAACAGUUGGUACAUCAGCACUGCCAACCUCACCAAGCAUUGCUGCUCCAGCCUCAGUAUCACUCCUCUCAUUCAAUGGCACAAUUGCCAGCACAAUGCCAAAUAUUCAGCAAUCAAAUAUUGCUAAUAUGCAUCAGAAUAAACAACAGUCGUCCUCAAGACCAGAGGCCAGUCAUGUCAAGAGAAAGACUCCAGAGAUAAAGCAGAAGAGGGACAAAGAAAACCUUAAUACAGAGUUUGUCCAAAAUGACACCAAACAGGGUAUUUCUCCAUCAGCUGAGAUUUUUAAAAGCACCUUUGUGGAAGGAGUAGGCUGGGCAUCACAGUUAACUAGUGGUGGUGUCCGGGUACAAUACAGUGAUGGUUCACAAAUGCUUGUCAAUGCUUCAGAAGCUAAAGUAAACUACACAGACAGCCAAGGAACUGUUACACAGUACAGAUAUUCAGACACAUUUCCAAGUGUCAUCAAAACCAAAUUAGCUAAUCUACCAUUCAUCAUUGAAAGCCUUGCCAAAGCUUCAAGAACCAAGACUUAACGAUAAUAUCACAGACAUAACUUUAACAGGACAUUCUUAUUAUUUUAAAAAGGAUACAUGUACUAUAUUUUCAUAAAUGUAUGAAAAAUAAGGCAAUGCAAUUGAAAAUUGUGGAAUAAAGUAGAUGGU